AUGUCUACUAAAUCGGUAUUUGUCACUGUCGGUACCACUAAAUUUAAUGAACUAAUUGAUUCUGUCACUGACCGUCGUACCCUCGAAGCUCUGAAACGUAAUGGCUAUACAUCAAUGACUCUUCAAGUAGGAAACGGUACAUUUAUUCUUGAACCUUCUGAUGUAAUGGAAAUCUCAAGUUAUACAUUUAAGCCGGAUAUUGGGACUGAUAUGAUGAAUAGCGAUCUAGUAAUAAGUCACGGAGGAGCUGGUUCCAUAAUGCAAGCAUUAGACUAUGGUAAACCUUUGUUAGUGGUAGUUAAUGAAAAGUUAAUGGACAACCAUCAAUACGAAUUGGCAGAAAAAUUAUGUGAAGAUAAACGAUUAUAUUAUACAACUUGUGAAAAUUUGUGUCAUUGUAUUGAAAAUUUAGAUUUCAGCUUAUUAAAUUCAGUAAAAAUUGAUAAUUCAAAAAAAAUAUGUAAACAAAUUGAAUGUUAUUUAAAAAUAUAA